ACAAAUAUCAUGUUAGGGACUUCAGUCUACGACAUUAUUAUAACUGAGCGACAACUGUUAUAAAAACGACAGUAAUGUAAUAAAAUGACGAAAUUUUAUGGAAGUCUUCUACUCUUCGUUACUACAUUGUUGAUUAGUCUGUCGAUCGGUCGAAAUUUGAGAGAGAGAGAGAGAGAGAGAGAUGUCGUCUCAUGGGAACGCAUCAGCGGUGAACGAUCCGCGGCAGCCAUCGGCGGCGAGGCCUUUCGUGCCGCAAGCAGUGUCUCCUCAAGAUCUGCCGGUGGAUUACUCGGGAUUUAUCGCCGUCAUCUUUGGCGUUUUCGGCGUCAUGUUCAGGUACAAACUUUGCUCGUGGCUAGCAAUUAUAUUCUGUGCCCAAUCGCUUGUCAACAUGAAAAACUUUGAAACCGAUCUCAAACAGGUCUCCAUGGCCUUCAUGUUUGCUAUUAUGGGACUUGUGACGAAUUACUUUGGACCUGCUCGACCUGGAACAAAGAAAUGAGAUUCAUUGGUUUACAGAGACUUUCAUUUAUUUAAUUUCUAGUCAUGUUGAUUUUGACAUAACUUUACUGAAGUAUAACACCAGAGUAUGCAAACUUUCUGUCGUCUAUUUUUAUAGUUAAGCAUUGAUGUAUUUUUUGUUCUCCCAAUUUAUUUUAGUUUUAUUGUA